CAUUGACCUUCCCUGUAGCCGCGUCCGUUUUCAGACGACGGGACCUUGAGUUUGCCAUCAGCCUUGGCUGUUUGAUCAAUCUGUCUGUCUGUGGUGCGUCAAAAAUCGUGCCAUGCCCGGUCCAGCUGAUCUUCCGUCAUUGCAGGACCUAAAUGUCGAAGAAGUAAAUGUGUCCUCGGCAGUGCUGAAGGCAGCCGCCCAUCAUUAUGGGUCCCAGUGUGACAAACCCAACAAAGAGUUCAUGUUGUGUCGGUGGGAGGAGAAAGAUCCCAGGAAGUGUCUGGAUGAAGGAAGGAAGGUCAACGAGUGUGCCAUUCAAUUCUUCAGGCAGAUAAAGGGAAACUGUCCAGAGGUCUUCACUGACUACUGGACUUGCUUGGACUACUCCAACCUCCAUGAACUCCGCCGCUGCCGCAAACAGCAGGCGGAGUUUGACAAUUGUGUGCUGGAGAAACUUGGUUGGCAGAGACCAGACCUCGGGGAACUCUCAAAGGUCACAAAAGUAACCACUAGCCGACCCAUCCCUGAGAACCCAUACUGCUCCCGGGAAAGGCCUGAGCCCAACGCACCUAUUGAGGGUCCACUGGUGCCAGCCAAGUAUGGCAGCCGAAUGUUUUUCUGGAACUGGUGAAGAAUGAACCAUCACGGUACCCUGCCAUACCUACAGUUAAAAUCCAGCUCACACCCCAUCAGACCACAAUGGACAGCGCGUGCGAGGUGGAGUGCCCCCCCUCCCUAUGUGUAGACUUGUAAAGAGUGAUUAAAUUUAAAGUGUUAAAUAAAAAAAGAUAUUAAUUUAAA